UCACAUUGCACUUCUUCCUUCGUGUACAUAAUAAUCAAAUCGGGGGUAGUAUCGGAGCACACGUUUCCGGUAACCCCACUAUCUCCCUCCGUCACUACCAUUGCAUCUCAUCGUAUCGGACCAUCUAUUCAUUCGAUCGAUUCACCAUCACAACCAAUCAACAGCCUGUGACAAAUAUGUUCAAGUUCUGGUGUUCUCAAGAGCAAGGUGAUCCGAGGCCACAGGAAGUUACUACAAACUCAUGGUAUCCUCCAUGUGUUAGUUCACCGAGUUCAUCCCGCCCCGGUACGCCUAAUAGCACCAACGCUAGCACUUACACGCAAAGGGUUGGAGAACGGCCUCACGUUUCUCCCACAGAGGCUGCUGGCAUCAUUGUAUAUCUAAAAGAUAAAAGUGUUGAUGAGCUACGGAAGCUUUUAUCAGACCCGGAGGCCUAUCGACAAUUCUUGCUUUCAAUUGAUCCAGUAAGAACUCAGAACAGUGUAAGAGAUGAACUUAGGAAUGAAACUCUGCAGCUUGCUAGGGCUAACUUGGAAAAAGAACCCCAGAUCACCGAAUUGAGAAACCAGUGCAUGAUCAUAAGAACAAGCGAGCUAGCAUCCGCUCAAGAAAAGCUGAACGAUCUCACCAAGCGAAAAGCCAAGAUCCUUAAAUCUUACUCCUCUGGUUCCUUGCUUCACAAGCUACAAGAGUCGAUGAAUAAAACCGAUGAAGAAUCUGAAACGCUCCACCAGCAGCUUCUUGAUAAAGAGAUUGAUCUUGCGACAUUUGUUCAGAAGUACAAAAAGUUACGUGUUGUUUACCAUAAACGGGCUCUCACCCAUCUUGCAGCCAAGACUUCUUUAGUCGGUUGACCGUUAUUUUUAUUUAAAUUGUAACAUUUGAACGUGAAAAUUAUUUAUAUCUCAUUUUUUAAACAAAAAAAAUAUAAAAUAAAUAAAUUUGGUGUGUUUAUAUGUA